GAGCGAAUGACUUGCGCUCUCCGGCUUUCUAUCACCUGAACAUCCUGGACACAAUGCAACUCCACCGCACCCUCGCACUUGUCUGUCUAUAAAGAGGGUCAGGAAGAGAGUUCCAGCCUCCUUUGUGCUCUGAGCAAGCGAAAGGCUAUGUCUGAAGAGGAGGAACACGACAUAAAAGCUGUGGAUGAGCUUGCCAAAGUACUUAGAGACUUAGGUCUUAAUACAACUUUUUGGAUUCCAAAACUACGAAAUAUUUUGGAUAUCACCAAUGUAAAAGCAUUGCAAUAUUUUGGCCCUGAGGAAUUUGAAAUCAUAGAACCACAUUGCCGGCAUUCAUGGGAGAAAAAGGCAUUGUGUAAGUUAGUGGAAAUGUCGGGCAAUGAAGUUGUUUUAAAACAAUCACAACAAUGUGAGCCAAUUGGAAAUAAACAGAAGCAAGAUGCACCAACAAAGCAGCAUCCGGAACAAAUCCAUCAGAAAAGAUUAAUUCACAGUGGUGAGGCCAACGUAGAGACUGAGACAGAGCAGCAAAUGGAAUUGAAAGGAGCCAAAGAACCCCCAUUGUGGGAUGGCAGCCAUUCCAAUGAUAUGGCAAACACUUCUCUAAAGCAGUUAAAUUUAGCAGACAUUUCAACUUUACGUGGGACUAUUUCACGUCUAAGUCUUUUACAAAAUGCAUCUAAAGGACUUGCUUUGGAGGGGGUGUAUCGAACUGGUCAAAUAAAGGAUAGGCUAAAGAAAAGAGGCAAACUCUUAAACAUCCCAAUGUCGUUUGAUCUUGCUGGGCCAGUACAUCAGCCGAUGAUAAAUAAACAAGAGUUUUCAUCAUCUGAAGAGGAAAACAUAUUUGAGACAGCAGUGGAAAUAAUGGGAUUCAAUACCAUAACGACAGAAGAAGGUUUCCUACAGGCCUUGAAUGAAGAAAUCAACUCGCGGCAUAGCAAGGCAUUACACAAUGAAAAAAAGCAACAAGAAAAUCUCACGGAUACCUGCAUUCAUAGCGCCAAAUACCUGUACCUACCACUUGCCUCAGGAAGUCUUGACUUUAAUCAACUCAAGCUCUCUGAUGAGGCGUUGGAGGAAUUACAAAGCGUUGAAAACACUUUAAAAACCGCCAAGGAUUCUUUUAAAACGCAUGUGCUAAGAAACAGGUUAAGAAGUUUUUUUGAGAAAUUUGGCUCUCAUGCCCAUACAGGUCCUGUCCACUUUGGUGGGAUUUUUAAGUGGAAAGCAUCAGCAGAGGGAAUCAGCUCCGAUGAGAAAAAGGAAGACAGAAAUAUGAUAUCGGAGGCAGUGGAAAGGUAUUCCACUUCUGCCUACAACAUCAGUGGCAGUGCAGGUGGUGUGAGCAUGAUGGCAUCCGAAUUUACCACGGAAUUUUCUGAAAAAUACAAUGCUCCACUUCUUAACAAGGUGACAUUUUCCGUAGGUACAAUAGUUGGACCACCUGGCAUUUGUUCUCUUCAACAAUGGAAAACCGACAUUGUAUCCAACACCAAGACGUGGUCUGUCAUUGAUCUAGGCACAUCAUUGGUUCCAGUGUGGGACAUUGUCAAGUUUAACCACAAGGAUGAUUUUCAAAAUACCUUGAUAGCUAGCAGGCUCAAGGAGGCAUACACACUUUUGACAAACCAAAAUCUAAAUUUUUGUCUAGAGGAUAUAUUGGUCUCUGCUAAUGCUAAAGCCAGGUCAGUGAUGCAAGAUAUUAAACAUUGGCAAGAAUCCGACAUGGAAAAUAAUUUAGAAAAGAUACUUGAUUUGAAACAAACGUUAUAUGAUGAAACUAAAAGCAAUUUAACUUGGAUAAACACCUGUUUAUCUCACCCAGCCCUCCAAUCAUUUUUGUCAAAUCUUGUUACAGCACCUACCAAAACGGUGAAAAUCACAAAGCUUAUGCGGUCUAUUAUGGAGCCAAACAGCUGUGACGUUGACAAUUAUCCACAAUUCGCCUCCAGUAUGCAGUGGCUGAAUGAGUCUGAAGGAGUCCCUACUCAAUUAUCUGACUUUAAAGAUCUCGUGAACAUCUUAACAAAAGCAGAAGAUAAUUUAAAAAUUGACUUUUCACCAACUUAUUAAAAAAAACAUGAAAAAAGAAACAAAGAAAUCACACAUGCAUUUAAUUCAUUCUGUCAAUCACUGAGAACAACAAAACUCAUCGAACAAGAGCUACUCGUAAUUUCAGUUGCUUCUGCUGUUGGCUACUGUGUAAAAGAAAGACGAUUUCAGCAUCCCCUGGAUUACGACAACAUUGAUCAUCUUCAACGUGCACUAGAGUCAGCUUACAGAGAGUACUCAAGACUAAUGCAACAAGACAAAUCCAGAGCUCAGGCAUACGUGUUACGGACAGGUUUGUCUAAUGCACAGACUCUUGUCGAAAAGCGAAAACAGUUCGAUUUCAUGAGAUCCCAGGUCGAAGAAACAAUGUGUGCUGAAGUUUCCCAUGUGAUUAAAUGCAGUGAAAUAGGGCCAACUGACUGGAAUAAACUUGAUAUGAUGCUGGAAUCCAUUAUCGCUGGAACUUUCAAAGAACAAACAUGUAGUUCAAAUAAAGAAUGUACGAUACGAAAUACAGGAAUAAUUUCCCAGGGGGGAUGGAAAGAGGACACAUAUUCAAGGCAAGAAGAAUUACAAAAUAAACCAUCUAUUCAACCACGAAGAAAUAAUGAUGAUGAAAAGUUCAUGAAUCUGCUUGAAAGACUCUCACUGAUAAAAUACUACCCCAAGGAAUUACACACAAGUGAUGUAUGUGUUAUCAACAGGUCUCCAAUUCAAACUAACCCUGAUCGAUGCACAGAACAAGAACUUGCUCUUUCUUAUCUGCAAAAACUGAUGAUGAUUGACUAUCGAGCAAGAUGUGUUAGUUUUCAGUGUGAAAAUCAAAACCCAGGCAAAUUAAACAACUUAUCUCAGUCCACAAAUACAAAUAAAAGCCCUAAUAGUGAUAGCUUCUUUUCUGAUGAUAAUGACGUAAUAAAUAACAGCGAUGGGCCUAGGACAAACACUGAAACCCACAUUCACCCUAUGGACUUACAAAUGACAAUUUUCCAUUGUGGAGACAAUUUUGUAAGGCAGUACAUUUACACCAAACUUUCAUUCAUCCAGUUCGCACUUCCGCUUUUAGUUCCAAAUCCUUGUCGUUCAGAAAUAGAAUUCCCUAUAUGGUCAUUCAGACAGAUGAAAAAGAGCUGGAAAUACCGUGAUGCAUCUACCAAAAAAGUGCAAUCUAAAAACUGUGCAAUCAUUGAUGCCAACACUGCACUCGUGUCCUUCGUAAGAUUUGGUGAAUCACCUGCAUCAAAAUCUCAGAUAAUGAACUCUCUACUCGGCAAUCAAACGCAUCGAGUUUUCUUUCAUAGAUACUGCCGAGGCAGCAGCAGGAAUGGUCAACUAAUGAAAGGAGUUGCAGAGAUCGCCUGGUAUCUUCCAGGUGGGAAGGACGAUGAUGUAUUUAAUGACUGCAUAGCAUUCACUAAUCUCCACGGAGAUGCAAGAGAACACAAAACACAGGUGAAAUUUUUACAUGAGAUUUCGUCUAUAAAUGUUAUAUUACUGUCAGAUGGUGAUCGCGAUGAAGAAGGCAAACGUAUCUUAGACGAAUGUUUGAGUUCCCCAAAGCCGCUAAUUUGCCUCUGUGCUGACAAAAGGAGAGUUUCCAGUGGAGUAUCUGGAACAAACGCGAAAAUUGCUGUCGAGAAUCGAAAUGAGGCUGAGUUAAUCGAUGAAUUGACGUCAAUAAUCAAAUUGUUUUUAGACAAUUCAGAAAGAAAAAUUAGCAUCGAAGCUUUCUCAGCUAUUGCAAGACAGCAUAGCUUCAUUGUUGAUGAAGAUGAUAAACAAUGUGAAGAGGGCAAGGGUAUGGCGAAAGUUUUGCUGAGUCUUAUAAGUGACAAUCCACUGUGUUCCAUAAAGGAUAAAUUUUUGCCUCUUCAAGGGAAAUUGUGGCAGUCGUGGUGCAAGAAAGACAAAGAAUUGACUCGCAUGAUGGUAAGGGGGGGGGGGCAAAGUGUUGAGGAAUACAAAAGUAAUAUUUUAGGAGAAAAAACACGCAUUAGGAAAGCACAGCUUGAAAAAGCAUUUCCUCUUAACGAAUUUAUGAGAUCAUUGAUUGAAAUUUUGAACCAUAAGUCAUGCACAGUAAAAACAUACUUUCUGCAUUGGUUACGCAUAUACUCAGAUUAUAUGUUUGCAGAUCGCUUAACACAACUUCAUCUCAUUUAUCAUCAGGCCUGGAUGGCAAUAAUAGCGUUGAAAAAACAAGGUUUUAACACGAGUAUCAUUGCUAUAAAGCAAUCAGAGUUGGAUAAAAUAUCAGAAGAACUUGAUGCCUCUUCCUUUGGAAUUGAUCACGUUUUUAGGGAAGUUGGUCAGAUCUAUGAAGCUUCACAGACAAUGCCAUCAGUUAACAAACACCCAGCUACUUUGCCCAAGAUUGCUGCAGAAAUGAUGAUCUCUGGAUUUCCUCUUGAACUCAUGGAUGGUGAUGCUGUACAUGUCCCUCUCAUUUGGAUUAGCUCAAUCUUGGACAGAAUCAUUGAUGAAAUUGGGAACGUGAAGCUGUUUGUUAUCUCAAUACUGGGAAUACAGAGCAGUGGGAAGUCCACGCUACUCAAUGCCAUGUUUGGUCUCCAGUUUCCUGUUGGCAGUGGGAGAUGCACCCGAGGGGCCUACAUGCAGUUAGUGAAGGUGGAGGCAGAGUUCAGUAAACAGCUGGGAUAUGACUUUGUGUUGAUAGUCGACACAGAAGGACUGCGUUCUGUAGAGCUGUCAAAUACAACACAUAGUCAUGACAAUGAGCUGGCGACGUUUGUGAUUGGGCUGGGAAACAUGACCGUGAUCAACAUUUUUGGAGAGAACCCUUCUGAAAUGCAAGACAUUCUACAAAUUGCUGUGCAGGCGUUUCUGAAAAUGAGGCAGGUGAAGUUAUCACCGAGCUGUGUGUUUGUCCACCAAAACGUAGGAGAAGUGAAUGCACACCAUAAGAACAUGGAGGGAAGGAGACGCUUUCAGGAGAAACUCGAUGAGAUGACCCGCAUAGCUGCAGAGCAGGAGCAGUGCGCUGUUGCAUCAUUUGACGCAGUGAUCAGGUUUGACGUGAACUUUCAGAUCCGUUACUUUGCUCAUCUUUGGGAGGGAGACCCUCCGAUGGCUCCGCCAAAUCCAAGCUACUGCCAAAAUGUUAAAGACCUUAAAGAAAUGUUACUUAGAAAUGCGACAAAAGAAAAAACAAUCAACGUCUUGAAAAUAUCAGAAUUCAAAGCACGCAUUAAGAAUCUAUGGACGGCUUUGCUCGCAAAAAACUUCUUUUCUAGCUUUAAGAACACAAUAGAGAUCGCAGCUUAUACCAAACUGGAAGAAAUGUAUGGAAAAUGGACUUGGGAACUCAGGAGUCAUGUUCUUCAGCAGGAAAACAAACUCUAUAACAGCAUUGAUAACAAUACAGAUACAAUGACACGAUUACAGAUUGAACGAAGAAUUUUGUCAAACUAUCAGGAUAUUAAAAAGAAAAUGGAAGAACAUUUCAAUAGCGCAGAUGAUGCAGAAUUCUUGGUUCAAUGGAAAGUUAAAUUCGAAAAAGGAUUUGAAACAGUGAAAGAAGAGCUAUUGUCUGAUGCUUACAAAAACUACUCUGCCCUGAUGGCUCUAAAAAACAAAAAAAGAAAUCUCGAUCUUCAGAGAUCAAGUUACGAAGAUCAACUUAUUAGAAAGAGCAAGGAUUUGGCUUCAAAAUUGAGAGAAAAAAAUGUUAAUGAAGCAGUAUGGGACAGGGCUUUUCAUGAAAUCUGGAAGGAUUGGAUUAAAGUUAUAAAAGACGGUAUGACCAGCCCUGCAACGCUUGAUGUAAAACAAGAAAUUGAAAACCUUAUUUACAAAGUUCAUGCGAAUCAAAUUCAACACCUAGAAACAGUGAUAUGGAACUAUCACACAGGGACAGAAUUUGACAUUAAACAAAACGAACACAUGAUGAACCCGAAAUGGCUUGGAUAUCUGAGUCACCAUUUCAAAGAUAAGAAUACUAAGUCAAUUAAAGAACUAAUUAUUGAGAUAAAAUUAAAUGUCAAUAGAUGCAUUGCCACCCAAGAGAAACAUAAAACUAAUUUCAACCCAUCCUACAUAUAUGAAAUUUUAGAGGUAAUGAAUUCAGACAUACAGAAAUUUUCACAAUCCAAUGAAAAAUGUAAGCUCACAGAUAAGUUCAAAAUUGAUUUAUCUGUCCACAUAUUGGCAGAGGUUACGGGGCGAUUUCAGAAAAUGCAUGAGAAUUUCCAGAGGGAAAACGAUCCAUUAGUAUACUUCACCAGUAAGAAAGAAAAAUACUUCGACAGCUUCAAAAUCCGCUGCCAAGGCGCAACGUCCACAACUAUUUUUGUGGAUUUUUUGUGUAACAAACUGAAAACAUCCAUUCAACAGGCAGUUUAUGAUAACGUUUGUGUUAACAUUGCAGGCAGGAUGAAGUCCACAUUCCUGGCAUUCAACGGAAAUCGAUCAAAAUUAGAAAACUACAUUCUCAUAGAUUUAGCGAAGAAGAAAGAUUUUAAAGCAUUUGAUGAAUAUAUUCACCAUCCAAAAAAACACUUUCAGAAAUACAUUACGGAACGUGUAGAAGAGUAUUGCAAGGGAAACGAUAAUGAAAUAAUCCAUGAGAUGUUAAAGUCAAGUCUUGAGGAUUACACAGCUGCAAUUACUCAUGCAAUUAAUAAAGCAACUGAAAUGGUACAAAACAACGAGUAUGAUGCAUCUUCAUGGCUGGAUACAUUUUGCACACAGCUUGAUGACGUCAUCAAGCUCCCAAGACACACUUUGGACCAAGGCGACUGCAGCGAAAUAACCGAUAUUGGAUUUCUUAAAGAAGAAUUAACAAAAGGACUAAAAACCGUGGUUGAAGGAGUAAAAGAUACAUUUUCUUCAACAUGCUUAAAUGAUUUGAAACACGUUCAUAACAAACCUUAUGAAAUACUAUUUCGGCAGCUAUGUGGGUGCUGGGUGCAGUGCCCGUUGUGUAAAGCCAUCUGCACAAACACGAUGUCCAAUCAUGACGGAGACCACAGUGUUUUCCUUCACCGCCCCAGGGCAGUGAGUGGAGGACAUUGGCAUGAAACUGAUCACUUUGUCAUCGACAUCUGCACUAGUUUAGUUGCCAGUAACUGCAACAUAUUUUCUCCAGACAGAAAAAUACCAUGGAAGGAUUAUCGUACAGCCGGGCCAGAAUAUGCUUGUUGGAGCAUAACACCAGACUUAACCACACAACCAUAUUGGAAAUGGUUUGUCUGCAAGUUCAAGUCAGACUUAGAAAAGCGCUAUAACCUAAAAUUUGCGGCGCUGGGAAAAAUCCCAUCAGAUUGGGAAUGUAUUAAAGAAGAUGAUGUUAUUGAGGAUUUAGAGAAACUGUAGUUUGAUUAAUAAAACUACAAAUGAGCAUCCUAUGUCACAGAUGAACUUAUGAAUACGUGGCUCUGUUUCAAAGUAUGCAGAUUUAAAAUUGGUAUGUUAUUAAUAAUAACAACGAACACAAGUCAUCAUCAAACAGCAUAAUCUCUAAAAUGGCAUGGCAUUUAACGAUCGUUACAUGCAUGCAUAUGUACAUACAUUUAACUUGAGACAUUGUGGAUGUUAUAGUAAACUGAUCAUCUACAUUAGACGUGAACAUUUUCGCGCAAAAUAAAUAUAUGCAUCUUUUAAGUAAUUCAUAAAGAAAUAUCUACUGUACAAUCAUUUUCAAUGUGUUUAUUCCUCUAUACCCCUGUUUUAUUUAAACGUGCAUUUUGUUUGUGAUGCACUUCAAAUGUAAAUACAAAAUUAAUAAUAGAAAUGUCAAUGAAAGUGGUAAAUUACACAUCAGCUAACUACGUGCUUAAUAUUAAAUUGUGUUUCUACUUUAACAUUUGUAAUUUAAAUCUAAAAUCAAUAUUGCAUGUUUUAAUGGUAAGUUUGUGCUUCAAGUUCCCACAAAUACUCACCAGCCUUGCGCUUUCUUCCUCAUGUUGGUGUCGGACCCCUAUUUCAUGAGGCAGAGGAUUCUCCUCUGUGUACUGUCUUCUCGAGCUUUAAUCAGCUGCCCAUCCCCUCUAAUGAAUGCCCAAGACUGGUAUUUUGCCUCUCACGAUCGUUCCUUUCAAACUUUUAUGUUCAUCCAAAAUUGCUUCAGCAUGAGCAUAAUAAUAUAUUUCCAUGGGAUAGCAUAUGGCCAUUUGAAGUCAAAUGCAAAGCUGAAAAGUUCUAAUAUUAUCAAGUAUUCUGUUCUCAGCAUGGAUAUCUGCCAAAUAUAACAUUUAAGUAAAUAUUGAAACAUCUUUACCAGUAACUUCUUCUUUGCUGCUUAUUUCCCUUUUCAGCAGCAAUUCUGUCUUGCUGAAUGCCAUUUUCCCAUUAAAAUAAUGAUAUCACCAUUACGCACAAUUACUUUCGUUUGCUCUCCAAUUAAACGUUCAGACCCUAUCAAUAAUACAUAUCUGAGUAAAUACAACACAAUUUCAGCAAACCUCAGGGUACUGUAAAUCCAUAAUGGCAACAAAUGCUUCCAAUGACUGGAAAGGCACCACAUGGGACACACAAAUUAGCUGGGUUUACAAGGCUCAUUUAAUUUACUAAAUUAAAGAACAUUGUACUGUCAGAACUGCAAAUGUAAACAACAGAAACAGAAGAAAGCUCUUGAGACUGUUAGGAAACUAAUCAAAUAGAACCAGUCAAGAAAAUCAGCAACAUAAGAAAUGUUUAGCAACUUCUUUGCAAAUAGUAACACAAAUUUACGCGAUCUAACCCAAAAAACCUCUAUUAUGGAAGAUAUUUGUCGCGAAAGCAUACGUGUUAAACUGAGUAACACAAACAGGCAGCCAAUAUGACUCCCUACAAUAUCAAUGUUGCUGAAAUGAUGUGCUUCCAAAAUGUCGUGUCGCUGAUGGGAUGUGAAAAAACAUUUGUUGAAUGGUCAUGUUGAGGUUCAGAUAUUGGAGAGAUGUGUAUUGUGACCCUAUUGAUUUUAAAACGUUUAUUCGAUUAAUGAUGUUAUGAUACAAAGUAGACAAUUGACAGUAAGGUUGGCAGCAUGCUGUGAAAUAUCUGUCUAAGACCAGAGGAACUUAUUAACCACAUUUUCUAGGGCACAGUCGACGUUAAGAGAGGUUGGCCAAUGAUCAACAUCGUGCCUAAGACGUAAAUAUAAAAUGCAUACAUGUAGAUCACAAGAGACUGAUGAAGGUGGAAUCGGUUGAUACAUUACUGGCACACCUACAUCAUUACAAGUUAAAUAAACAAAACUCACAUUCGUAGUUCAACCCUUAUGCACUCUUUAUUACUGACCUCUGUUUGUGCUAUGAAAAAGUGCCGUUAUCACAAAUAAUCUGUUUUAUAUAUAUAAAAAUGUGUAUUUAUGGCAGUGCUAUUGCUUUAUUAAGCUGAACGUUUAGUAGCUGAUGAUAAUGACGAUAACAACAUUUUCAUACGUGGACAUAUAAUAGCACAGGUUGGUAAAUGUUAAGAAAUAAUAACAGUUUUGCAUACAAUCAAUACAAUUUCUUCGUUUGAUGCAUCGAAGUCAAUAUGAUGUAUGACUUGAGGGGAGGACUUGUGCAUUAGAAUGUUUUUAGGUGAUAUCCAGAUAAGCGUAUUAGCAAAUAUUGUCCACGCUGCCUACUCAUCUUCCUUUCCUCCAGAUCCAUUGUAUGUUAUUGCAAGGUCUACAUUAUUUUUAACACCACAAUUCGCAUAGCAUGAAUAUGGUUUUACAAAGGAAAAAACUGUAUAUUAAGUGUGGCAUAUCAUAAAUAUCAAUGGACAAAAGCAAACAACUUUAAAAUGUAAAUGCUGAGUGUAAGCCGGAUCAACAAAACGACAAAUUCAGAGGUCCUAUAAAUACCAACGAAUAGGCUGAGAUCAAUAAGUAGAACAACCCAUCAUCAUCUGGGCAUUGUUUGGAAUCCAGGCUGCAGGAAGACCUCACUUUGAAGGGAUAUGGAAGGCGAUGAAGAAUACGACAUAGAUGGAUUCAUAAAAGCAACGAAUAAAAGUGGCAUCAUUGCUGACGAAUGCUUCAGAAGGAUGGACAAGAAGAAAGAUCAAGUUCUACAACUGCCAACCGCUUCCAAAGACAUCACAAAUAAUUGACUUUUCACAUAAUUAUUUUACACGAAGCUUCAUAUUUUACAUUAACAACUUUAAGUUACUUACGUCCAUUGCCAAUUUGGUCAUUGUAAAUAAGGUGCGUGAGCAAUUGGGAGUCGUUCUGGAAUUUGAGUUGUUAUUUUUGAUCGCAUGCAACUUCAUAUAUACAUGAAAAUUAUACUAUCUGAAUACAAUACAGGAAUAUAUUGCACAUCUUUAAGUCAUAUUUGCGAAGUGGAGUGUUGGCAUAGUGCUUUGCUAUCUGCCAUAUGAUAUUUGUUAUCUGUGUAUUUUUGGGGAAUAAGAAUCUGAUUUAAAUAAUAUGGUUGGUAUUCCAACAACCAAUGAACUAAGGAUUGUUUGGAUGUCGCAUUUUUUUUGUUAAGCUAAUCUUUAUUGUGUAAUGUUUAUAAUGCUUAAGGGGUCACAGUUAUUUUGAUUAAUUAAUACUUGUUUGUAUGUUCCGGAGCAUGAGCAUGAUAUAGUGGCUGCGCGACUAGAUAGACAACAUAUCAGUUUAAGAUAAUGUUUUCAAAGUCACAAUUACAUGUUUUAUUGGGGUCAUAACUCUCUGUUUUAUUCAAUAAAUGUAUAAGAAUCAAAAUAU